AAUAUCUGGUACAAGGAAGUGGAAGGGAGAAAUUCCGCUCCAACUUAAACGAAAACAAUGCUCAGUUUGUAGAGGGCGGGUUGGGGGAGGAGAAACGCGACGCGUAGAGACUUGUCAUUGCCUGUAUACAGCCACUUUAUAGCGGAGAGCUAAACUAACAUCACUUAUUCUCGUUUGUACUGGAUCAAUCUAUUUCAAAGAGCAGGCAGAACGUUCUGUGUUGGACCAAUGGAGCUGUCAGCGAUUGGUGAACAAGUGUUUGCUGUGGAAUCAAUCAUCAAGAAAAGAGUUAGAAAGGGAAACGUGGAAUAUCUGUUGAAGUGGAAGGGAUGGCCACCCAAAUACAGUACAUGGGAACCAGAGGAGCACAUCUUGGACCAGCGUUUGGUGCAGACCUAUGAUGAGAAAGAGCAGAAGGACAGAGCCCUGGGAUACCGGAAGAGAGGACCCAAAGCUAAAAGGCUUCUACUACAGAAUACUAUUUACAACAUGGAUCUCCGGAGCGCCCAUAAGGCCCUAGAGAAACCUCCAGCUCGCCUACGUCUUUCCCUGACUCGCUCACUGGAGUCUGAGGCAGAGGACCCAACCUAUGGGGCCUGUAGACGGAGCCUGCACCCCCACCUGGCCCAUCGCAAGAACAAACCCAGAAGAUCACAGUUCAUGUGCCUGGCCUCUCCCCCUGGCCCCCCUAACCCCACAAAGGUCCCCACACAUGAUGAUUGGGGAAGGAGAGAAGAGGAAGAUGACAUGGAGGAAGAGGAGGAAACUCGACAGGAGCAGUCGGAGCGAGAGACAGAGAUAUGCAGUGGCAUUCUGAAUGGGCAGGAUAGGGCAGAGGACUGGAGUUCUGUGAUUGGCUCAGACGAAGUGACCGCGUCAGAGCGGUCUGCUGUUUGGAGCCCAGUGAUUGGCCCAGGGGAGGUGACCGUGACUGAUGUCACCAUAAACUCUCUCACAGUGACUUUCAAAGAAGCCCUGGCAGCCAAAGGCUUCUUCAGAGGCUGGGGCUUAGAGUUCUGAAACACACAGCUGCACAAACAGACAAAACCUGGUCUGGGAACAGAAUGAGAGAGAUGGAAAGUGUGGCUCUUGAGUUAUCUUUACACUCUGUUUGGACUGUGUGACCGCUUGUUCUCCUCAUCCCUUUACCCUUCUUCCUUUUCUGGUUGUGUGAUUGACCUCUUGUCCACACAAACUUCCUAUUUCAUUCAAUAGGCAUACUGUAGUGUACAGUAUAUACUGACUACAUUGAGAUGGGCAUACACU